AUGGUGUUGUACUCACUGUCUAACAUCCUGUCAGUGAGACAGUACGCAUCUAAGGCAAGUAAAAAGUACCGAGUACGGAUCAAGGAGAUCAUGAAACUCCCCCAAGGCUUCCCGUCAGCAAUGCUCCAUCUGCCUGCUCGUGAGGGUGGCCUAGCGGUGCCGGACCUAGAGGAGGUUGCCUACACCGACCAAUUGAAAGCCAUGGCGCGCAUGCUCCGCCUCGCUCAUCCCUUCGUGGAUGCUGUCUAUAGCGAGGGCCUGGUAGAACACCACUCCAAGCUCUAUGAGCAGCUAGGGGUUCCUCACGGCAUCACUGCCGCCAACAGUCUCAACUCCGCAGUUGUGCAAGCCAAAGCAGACCGCACAGAGAGGGUGCUCGGACAAUACAAGACUUCGGGUCUGUUCGCCCACCGACGGGAUACACUCGGCAACGGGUGGCUCCGUACUGGAGCUAAAUAUCUCUCGGAUGGUGAUCGCAUCCGCGGCCUGCGACUACGAUCUAACCUCUAUCCCACCCGAGUGCUUAGCAACAAGCACUCACAAGACCCAACGGCCUGUCUGUGCCAUAGGUGUGGAAAGGAAGAGGAAACGGCCAAGCAUAUUCUGCAGAUCUGCCCAAGUGUAGCCCAAGUGUACACUUGUCAAGGGUAG